AUGGCGAACACAAUCCUGGAUAUAUUCUAUUCUUUAUCCAGCUGUAUAUGCUGCUUUCCGAGCAGUCCGCAGUUGAAGAUCAACAACAGAAGCUUCCGUAUGCUUCGGCUGCUGGGCGAGGGCGGCUUUUCUUACGUCUACCUCGUCCAAGACACCUCCGAUUCCGCGCUCUACGCACUCAAGAAGAUCCGCUGUCCUUUUGGCCAAGAAUCGGUCUCACAAGCCCUCAAGGAAGUUGAAGCAUACACGCUGUUCGCACCGCACCCUAACAUAAUCCACGCUGUCGACCACGCUGUGCAGACCGAUUCAACGACAAAAGUCUCUGGGAUUGGAACAGAUGCGUCCAAUGGGGCAAGUAAAACCGUCUAUAUCCUCCUACCAUACUACCGGAGAGGCAAUCUGCAAGACAUGAUCAACGCGAACCUAGUCAACCACACCCGCUUCGGCGAGAGACGGCUCAUGCAAUUGAUGCUCGGAGUCUGCAAAGCACUGAAAGCCAUGCACCAAUACCGCGUGCGGAAUACACCCUCACGGUCCGCCGCGCAAUCCAUCCGCGACGAAGCCGCAAGUGAAGAUGCUGACGCCGCGAAGCGGAAAGCUCGAGCCAACAAAAGAACAAUGACGGCGUCACAGGAGAAUGAGGAAGACUUGGCGGAAGAACAGGAAGAACCGCUCAUGCCCUCGGACGAAGUGACUCGCGCGCAAGAAGGCAAGAAUCCUGGCGAAACGCGGGCCUAUGCUCACCGAGACAUCAAACCCGGCAACAUCAUGAUCGACGACGACGGCCGCACCCCGAUUCUGAUGGAUCUGGGAUCCCUUGCACCGAGUCCAACACCUAUUACCUCCCGGUCCCUCGCCAUAGCCGUGCAGGACACGGCGGCUGAACACAGUACCAUGCCCUACCGUGCCCCGGAACUCUUCGACGUGAAAACCGGCUCCGUGAUCGACACAAAAGUCGACAUCUGGAGUCUCGGGUGCACGAUGUACGCUUGUCUCGUGGGAAAAUCGCCCUUUGAAGCCCGAAGUGACGAGACCGGCGGCAGUCUAAGCAUUUGCGUUCUGGGCGGUGACUGGAGGUGGCCCGACGAGGGCAACCUUUCAAAGGGCAAGAACAAAGUCGGAUCCGCGCCGGCACGUUCAAACACGGCGUCAUCGCAAAGCGGCACCACCGCAGCGAAUGGCGACGCGAACAAGCCAACCGAUACAACUGCACCAGGUUCCAGCGGUGGGAGAAUAUACCCGCACCCAGCAGCCAGAGACGUCGUGAGGCGGUGUCUCCAGGUCGAACCGGCAGAGCGGCCGGACGUGGACGAACUGAUGACCUUGAUUGACACCUGUCUGAGCGAAUUGCCCGAAGACGAUGAAACCCCAGGCUCGGAGGGCGAUGGCGAAUUGUGA